GCUGGCUUGUCGAGAAGUGUCGAGAAGUUCCGAGCCCGGCGGGGGGCGGGGCUGCGAGGCUCCCUCCGGUGAAUAAUUUAAAGGGGCCGCGCCUGCCGAGCCCGGCGGAAAGCUAGCGGUGCUGGCGCAGAGUGGACUCCAGCUGAGGCCCCUGGGUGAGUUCGGGUUUUCAUCGGCCCCUCAGGGGCGUCCCUCCGGCUAUCGUUAGCGAGUCUCGGCUUUCUCAAGAUCUCUCCUCCGCCGAUUCCCAGUAGCUCCCGACUUUCUGAUGCUCCCAACCCCCUAGUUCCCGGAAGAUGUUUCUGCACCUGUAGCCGGGUGCGCCCUGGGGUGAAAGGGGACCAGUCACCACGAAUUUUUCAGCUGACGUCUCAAGGGCCCAGUGACUCUCCCGAAUUGCCAUUAAUACUCUAACAGCGCCAGAAACAUCUUCAGCUUCAGAGAAAAGUCCCAGAGUGUUCCAGCGUUCCUCAGUAUCUUCCAAGGAGCCCGGACACCCUCCCCAGGCCCGAUCUCAUACGCAGAUGACCCCAGGGACGUGCCCACCCAGCUCUCGGCUUCCCCAGUCUUGUAUUCCUCGGAAUCUCUCAGUAACUUUCCAGGGCUCCCCAGUAAUUCCAGCGUCCCUGGUUACGCCUCUCACCAGCGGCGCCACCAUCGUUCCGGAGGCCCAGUGAUGCUCCUCACCAUCAGAGACCCCAUAACUUUAUUAUAAUGUGAUAGUAAAUCCCCAGAAUAAACCUAGCAAGCCCACCCCACCCGAGCGUCCCAGGGCUCGAGAUUGCCCCAGGACCCCUUCUGUGGGAGUCGCCGGCAGCACUCCCCGGCGCCCCAGCUCCCGGGUCUUCCCGGGGGCAGGCUUGGGUCGGAGUAAGUGUCCAGCUGUUCCUCCCCUCCCUUCGGACUUCGUGGCUUGCAGGCAGGCGCCAGUUUUCCUGGAGUGGGGCAUCCAGUCUUCUAGGGAGUGGGUAGGCGAGGAGGUGCGGCCCAGGAGUCUGUCGGGCAGGAUUGAUCAAUCCCGUGCAGGCCCAGGACGGGGCCACCAGCUGGAGGGGGCCGUGCCCUGCGGAGACCCGCCCACGGGCUGCUGACUGUGGACGCUAGGACGGCUACCCUUUGGCCCCGGGGUGCGGUUGGAGGGGCCGGAUGUCUGGGCGGUCUUGUGCGUAGGCGAAGGGAGCCUGGCGAGGAGCCGGGGACCAGCUUCAACCCCUGGCCUGGGCCGGGAGGUCAAUUUGUCCCGUCCCUCUGUCCCGCAGCACCCCUCUACCCCUGUAACUUUCCCAUCCGGGCAGCAGGAACCCAGGGGGCGGGGCUCGCGGCAGGGAAGGGUUGGGCCCUUAUUGACCACUGGCACAAGUUCCUGCUGCUCCUUGAUUCCCCAGGACUCCCGGCUACCAGACCCGCCGCUCGGCCUGAAGCAACUGAUGGAGGCCCCACUGCAAACAGGAAUGAUGGAGACACCCGGGGAGGACUUGGAGGGACAGAUAUGCGGUUCGCAGCCAGUGCCGUUCGUCCCGCAGGUGCUGGGCGUGAUGAUAGGGGCCGGAGUGGCGGUGCUGGUUACGGCCGUGCUCAUCCUCCUGGUGGUGCGGAGGCUGCGAGUGCCGAAAACCCCGGCCCCGGAUGGCCCACGGUAUCGGUUCCGGAAGAGGGACAAAGUGCUUUUCUAUGGCCGGAAGAUUAUGCGGAAGGUGUCACAGUCCACCUCUUCCCUGGUGGACGCCUCAGUCUCCACCACUUCCCGGCCACGCAUGAAGAAGAAACUUAAGAUGCUCAACAUUGCCAAGAAGAUCCUGCGCAUCCAGAAAGAGACACCGACAUUGCAGCGGAAGGAGCCCCCGCCCGCAGUGCUGGAGGCGGACCUGACAGAGGGUGACCUGGCCAACUCCCACCUGCCCUCUGAAGUGCUCUACAUGCUCAAGAACGUCCGGGUGCUGGGCCACUUUGAGAAGCCACUCUUCCUGGAGCUCUGUAGGCACAUGGUCUUCCAGCGACUGAGCCAGGGAGACUAUGUCUUGCGGCCAGGCCAGCCCGAUGCCAGCAUCUACGUGGUGCAGGAUGGGCUGCUGGAGCUCUGCUUGCCAGGGCCUGAUGGGAAGGAAUGUGUUGUGAAGGAAGUGGUCCCUGGAGACAGCGUGAACAGCCUUCUAAGCAUCCUGGAUGUCAUCACUGGUCACCAGCAUCCCCAGCGAACGGUGUCUGCCAGGGCAGCCCGUGACUCCACAGUGCUGAGGCUGCCAGUGGAAGCCUUCUCUGCCGUCUUCACCAAGUAUCCGGAGAGCUUGGUGCGGGUGGUGCAGAUCAUCAUGGUGAGGCUACAACGAGUCACCUUCCUGGCGCUGCACAACUACCUGGGUCUGACCAAUGAGCUCUUCAGCCACGAGAUCCAGCCCCUGCGCCUGUUCCCCAGCCCUGGCCUCCCAACCCGCACCAGCCCCGUGCGUGGCUCCAAGCGGGUGGUCAGCAACUCAGCUAGUGAGGAGCCAAGAGAGACCCCCGGUCGGCCGCCUGACCCCACCGGGGCUCCACUGCCUGGACCUACAGGGGACCCUGUGAAGCCUACAUCCCUGGAAGCCCCCUCAGCCCCUCUGCUGAGUCGCUGCAUCUCUAUGCCAGUGGACAUCUCAGGCUUGCAGGGUGGCCCCCGCUCUGACUUCGACAUGGCCUAUGAGCGGGGCCGGAUCUCUGUGUCCCUUCAAGAAGAGGCCUCCGGGGGACCCCAGGCAGCCCCUGCUCGAACCCCCACUCAGGAGCCCCGGGAGCAGCCGGCAGGCGCCUGUGAAUAUAGCUACUGCGAGGACGAGUCGGCCACCGGUGGCUGCCUCUUCGGGCCCUACCAGGGCCGCCAGACAAGCACCAUCUUUGAGGCGGCCAAGCGGGAGCUGGCCAAGCUGAUGCGGAUUGAGGACCUGUCCCUCCUGAACAGCCGGGUCUUGCUGCGUCAUGCCAAAGCCGGCACCGUCAUUGCCCGACAGGGGGACCAGGACGUGAGCCUGCACUUCGUGCUCUGGGGCUGCCUGCACGUGUAUCAGCGCAUGAUCGACAAGGCGGAGGACGUGUGCCUGUUCGUGGCACAACCGGGAGAGCUGGUGGGGCAGCUGGCUGUGCUCACGGGCGAACCCCUCAUCUUCACGCUGCGUGCCCAGCGCGACUGCACCUUCCUGCGUAUCUCCAAAUCUGACUUCUAUGAGAUCAUGCGUGCACAGCCCAGUGUGGUGCUGAGCGCCGCGCACACAGUGGCCGCGAGGAUGUCACCCUUCGUGCGCCAGAUGGACUUCGCUAUUGACUGGACAGCGGUGGAGGCGGGACGCGCGUUGUACAGGCAGGGCGACCGCUCCGACUGCACGUACAUCGUGCUCAAUGGACGGCUGCGCAGCGUCAUCCAGCGUGGCAACGGCAAGAAAGAGCUGGUGGGCGAGUACGGCCGCGGGGACCUCAUCGGUGUGGUGGAGGCGCUGACUAGGCAGCCGAGAGCCACGACGGUGCACGCGGUGCGCGACACGGAGCUGGCCAAGCUCCCCGAGGGCACCUUGGGCCACAUCAAACGUCGGUACCCACAGGUCGUGACCCGCCUCAUCCACCUGCUGAGCCAGAAAAUUCUAGGGAAUUUACAGCAGCUGCAGGGACCCUUCCCAGGCUCGGGGCUGGGUGUCCCCCCACACUCAGAACUCACCAACCCUGCCAGCAACCUGUCAACGGUGGCAAUCCUGCCUGUGUGUGCUGAGGUGCCCAUGGUGGCCUUUACCCUGGAGCUGCAGCACGCUCUGCAAGCCAUCGGUCCCACGCUUCUCCUCAACAGUGACAUCAUCCGGGCGCGCCUGGGGGCCUCUGCACUGGAUAGCAUCCAAGAGUUCCGGCUGUCAGGGUGGCUGGCCCAGCAGGAGGAUGCACACCGCAUCGUGCUCUACCAGACAGACGCAUCGCUGACGCCUUGGACUGUGCGCUGUCUGCGCCAGGCUGACUGCAUCCUCAUCGUGGGCCUGGGUGACCAGGAGCCCACUGUCGGCCAGCUGGAGCAGAUGCUGGAGAACACGGCCGUGCGCGCCCUCAAGCAGCUGGUGCUGCUGCAUCGCGAGGAGAGCCCGGGCCCCGCGCGCACCGUGGAGUGGCUCAACAUGCGCAGCUGGUGCUCAGGGCACCUGCAUCUGCGCUGCCCGCGCCGCCUCUUCUCCCGGCGCAGCCCGGCCAAGCUGCAUGAGCUCUACGAGAAGGUGUUCUCCAGGCGCGCGGACCGGCACAGCGACUUCUCCCGCCUGGCGCGGGUCCUCACAGGAAACACUAUUGCCCUGGUGUUGGGAGGGGGCGGAGCCAGGGGCUGCUCGCAUAUUGGGGUGCUGAAAGCCUUAGAGGAGGCGGGAGUCCCUGUCGACCUGGUGGGCGGCACGUCCAUUGGCUCCUUCAUCGGGGCCCUGUACGCUGAGGAGCGCAGCGCCAGCCGCACUAAGCAGCGGGCCCGCGAGUGGGCCAAGAGAAUGACUUCAGUGCUGGAGCCUGUGUUGGAUCUCACCUACCCGGUCACCUCCAUGUUCACGGGCUCAGCCUUUAACCGCAGCAUCCACCGUGUCUUCCAGGAUAAGCAGAUUGAGGACCUGUGGCUGCCGUACUUCAACGUGACCACAGACAUCACCGCCUCGGCCAUGCGUGUCCAUAAAGAUGGCUCACUGUGGCGGUAUGUGCGUGCCAGCAUGACGCUCUCGGGCUACCUGCCCCCGCUGUGUGACCCGAAGGAUGGGCACCUCCUCAUGGAUGGCGGCUACAUCAACAACCUGCCAGCGGACAUAGCCCGCAGCAUGGGUGCCAAAACAGUCAUUGCCAUCGACGUGGGGAGCCAGGAUGAGACAGACCUUAGCACCUACGGGGACUGCCUAUCUGGCUGGUGGCUGCUAUGGAAGCGACUAAACCCCUGGGCGGACAAGGUGAAGGUUCCAGACAUGGCCGAGAUCCAGUCCCGCCUGGCCUAUGUGUCCUGCGUGAGGCAGUUGGAGGUCGUCAAAUCUAGCUCCUACUGCGAGUACUUGCGCCCACCCAUCGACUGCUUCAAGACCAUGGACUUCGGGAAGUUCGACCAGAUCUCUGAUGUGGGCUACCAGUAUGGGAAGGCUGUGUUUGGAGGCUGGAGCCGGGGCAAUGUCAUCGAGAAGAUGCUCACAGACCGGCGCUCUACGGACCUUAACGAGAGCCGCCGUGCAGAUGUGCUUGCCUUCCCAAGCUCUGGCUUCACCGACCUGGCAGAGAUCGUAUCCCGGAUCGAGCCCCCCACGACCUACAUCUCUGAUGGCUGUGCUGAUGGGGAGGAAUCAGAUUGCCUCACGGAAUAUGAAGAGGACGUGGGACCAGACUGCUCAAGGGACGAAGGGGGCUCCCCCGAGGGUGCGAGCCCCAGCACUGCCUCCGAGAUGGAGGAAGAGAAGUCAAUCCUCCGGCACAGGCACUGUCUGCCCCAGGAGCCUCCCAGCUCAGCUGCAGAUGCCUGAGGACCUCACCAGCGGUCCGCCAUUCUCCCGCCCCUGGACUAGGCCUGGGGGUUUGCCCUCUGGGGGGAAUUUGCCCCUGCUGCUGCUAUGCCUGCGACCUCCUGGGUCUCCCUUGGCCUCGAGGGCCCACACACUGGACUGAUCUGCCCCAGGAAGAGGGACAGCACUGCACUGAAAACUUGACCAGGCACCCCUCUCCCCCAGUAAACUGUCACCUCUUCGAA